UUCAACCGCAAAACCAAUGCUAACGAAGUCUAAUUCAGUUGCAAAGAUUUGAUUAGUGCAAUGAUAUGAUUAAAAGCAGGGUACAAGCAAAUAAGAAAUUAGGUUUCGGUAAUGAUAUACUCACCACGCAUUGUGAGUAAUUUUUCUUUUACCUCACAACGCGCGCGGGAAGAAAAUCCUCGUUCUCUCCAGCUUUCUCCCUCUCUCCUAGAUCAAGUUGGAAAAUCCAAACGAAAAAAAAACAAAGCCCAAAUGUCGUCACUCAAAACCCUAAAUUCCUAAAUUAAGAUUGGAUAAACCUUAAUACCAUGGAAGAAUCAGCUGAGAAGAGAGAGCCGGAAGUAAUGAUGGUCAACGGCACCGACCAGCGGGAACGGAGGAGCGUCCGCCGGAGAUUGGUCCAGUCAACCUUGUUCCCACGCAAAUCACCAGAAAUUGAACCGAAGGUUGACCAGAAGGCUCACGAAGGUGAGGAUGACAAUAACGACGGCGAAGAUGAAGAGUUCUGUGGUAGCCAAGGCAAGAAGAAGGGAAGAAAACGGAAAGGGAAAGUAACUUCUCAGAAUCGAGCUUCUAAAAAGUCAACGGAGAAAUCGCCAAUGGAAACUACACUGAAGAAGAAUGGGAUGAAUAAUUUGAUGGAGAGUGAAGAUGCAUCACCGCCACCAAUUCCUAAUUUGAGAUUGGAGGCAAAAUUGACAGCUGAGGAAAAUUCACGGAUGUUUGCAAGAAGGCAAAUUCAUCCAUUUUUUGCAUCACGAAAAGCGGGAAAGAGGAGCCAGGAGACUGCUGAAGUAGGGAAAAAUGGUUGCUUGCUAGACAGAUGUAACACAGGCGUUAAUGUUGGUCCUAUUCAUGUAUUUGAAAGAAUUCAGGAUGAUGUUGUUCUUGAUUGGAAAGAUUGGACUUUUUUUGAGAAAACUGCCAUUGACAUUGGUUACAAUUUUGAAGGCCUAUUCACAUCAGUUUUUGAAAGUUAUGUUGGGGCAUUAUGUCUUGACAACUUGCCUGGUGUUUCACAUUUCUCUGAUGCAUUAGUUGUUGAAAACAAGUUGUCAGAUGAAUGUAUUAUUCAAGAUAAUGACUUACUUGGAACAUCAUUAGCAAUAAAUGCUUCGCCAGUACAUGAGCAAUUGGAAAGCUAUCUGCUGUUAAAGGGCUCAGAAGGGGACAGCCAAGUAGAUGAAGUUGCUGUCCUUUCUAUGCAGGCUGAUAAUGUGGGAAAUUCAGAGCUUGAACAGCAAAGUCGGCUUCUUCAAGAAAGAUUUGUGCCAUGUUAUCCUGGUUGCAGUAUCCGGCAUGAUAAUAGCUUAUGGACUGAUAAGUAUCAGCCAAAAAGUGCCAAAGAGGUGUGUGGUAAUACUGUAUCAGUGAAGUUUAUGAAUGAAUGGUUGCGGCUUUGGCGUGAGAGAAGUUUUCAAGCCAUCAAAGCCUCUAAUAACGUUAAUAAAAGCAACAUGCAGGAAGAUGAUGACAAUUUUUGUGAAAGUGAUUUUGAUUCAGAAAACAUAGAUGGAGAGGAUAGUCUGAAGAAUGUUCUCUUAGUUACCGGACCAAUUGGGAGUGGGAAAUCUGCAGCUAUCCAUGCUUGUGCAAAGGAACAAGGAUUUAAAGUUUUGGAGUCCAAUGCAUCAGACUGUCGAAAUGGAGCUGUUGUGAAGCAAAAGCUCGGAGAGGCGUUAGAAUCACACUGCCUUACAGGGUCACUAGAAAAUCCUAUAGUUUCACUUAGCAAGCAUGUGAUGAAAUCUGCAGGACCUUUAUCUAGCAGUGAAGCAGUGCAAGAAUUUGAUAAUGAGGUGAUAGAGUUGAUAUCAAUAUCAGAUAAGGAAGAUUCAUUUUUUGCGCAUGGAGCAUCUGGAAAACAUGUCUGUAGUGAUAGUGAGACUGGCUUUGGUCAAACUAAAGUUAAGCCUUUGGUUCUCUUUGAGGAUGUGGAUAUCAGUUUUCCUGAAGAUCGUGGUUUUGUUGCUGCUAUACAGCAAAUUGCUGAAAAAGCAAAAGGACCCGUGAUACUGACUAGUAAUAGUAACAAUCUUGUUCUGCCAGACAACUUGGACAGGCUAGAGUUAUGUUUCACGAUGCCGUCACAAGAAGAGCUGCUUCACCAUCUCUCUAUGGUUUGUGCAGCGGAGAAAGCCGCCAUUCAACCACAUUUACUAGAGCAAUUAACUAAAUGUUGUCAGGGUGACAUUCGGAAAACCAUUAUGCAUCUCCAGUUUUGGUGCCAGAGCAAAAUAAAUCAAAAAGAUGGGAAAUUGUGGAAGACUUAUGACUUGCUGCUGUUUGAUAUAGAGGUGGGUCAUUCAAUACUACCAACUAUAGUCCCUUGGGAUUUCCCAUCUCAGUUAUCAGAGUUAGUUGAGAAGGAAAUUGCUAAGACAUUGUCCAUGAUGGAAGAAAAUUCAACUUCAAUGGAGGUGAUGGAGGAAGAACUUGAAAAUAACAUGUCAAAUGGGUUGGAGAUGCAUAAUAACGAGAUAGACAGAAUAGAUGCAAAAGAAGUGAUGUUAGGCAGGAAUACCUCUAUUCAUGAUUGUAAUGAAUUCAUAAACCCUUCUUAUACUGCCCAUGACUUUUACAAUUCUUCGGGCACCCCAGUUUCUUUCUCUCGAAGAACACGUAGGAGGAAACUUGAUGUUGUAAUGUCUUCUGGUUCCGAAGAUGAGGACUUUAAUAAGCAACCUUGUUUAGUUUCAAACAAGAAUGUCAACCGUGAAUUAUUCAUCAAAGAAGAUUGCAGACUUCACUGUCAUUGUCCAAACAUGCAAAAUUGCUUAAGGCCAUUAACAGACGAGCUACUUUGUUCUGAAGUGGAGAAUUGUGAGGAUAGGGGUUUCCAAUGCUCAAAAACAGCAAAUAAUUUACAAAUGGACGCUUGCAAAUCUGUGGAUGUAUCAUAUGUUCCUGAGUCAUCCAUUGUUCCUGAAACUGAAAUUGUUAAUGGAAUGGAGCUGCCUUCUAGAACUUUGUCAUAUGUUAAUGUUGCUGAAACAACGGAAGUUUCAGUGAGUUCCGAGUUCACAGAGGAUUUGUUGCCAGUUGAUGCGAAUGACACUGGUAAAUUUAUAUAUAAAUUAGUUAGUACUUCAGAUAUGUUAGGUGGCAAAUGCAGUAUGACUGCAGAAGCAUCUCGUGAAGAAGUGCUGGAGAAUUCUCAAAAUGAGUACGAUGAGGGUGUAUCAACUGGGCAUGCAGUGAUGGAUGAUUGCAACUGCGUGACUUUCAACAAAAGAUUCUUUUCCAUGGAGAAAUUUAAGAACCAGGUUGUAAAUGAUGUAGUACAGAAAUCAUGGAAAAAACUUCGUGACAAUCAUGCUGAUCUAAAACAGUAUGUUGACUCAGAGCCAAAAGAUGCACUUAAAAUUUUAAAACUCACUUCUAGUAUGAGUGAUCUAAUUUCGCAAGCUGACCAAUUACGUUCCAAAUGCCAGAUGCAAGAUUCUUUGGAGCUGUUAAUGAUUCCUUCUGAGAAUUCUGAUGCUUUCAGCUGGUGUGAUGAGCAGUUGCAGAUGGCUAACACAGUUUCACAACAUGGAUUUUGCUUGUAUGCUAAAGAAAUUGAUGUUAUAGGAUCAAACAUGGGUUUUGAGCAUAAGGUGGAUUUGAGGCAGGAGAUACUGGCUUCCUCAACUAGUAUAAUGGCAAUCGGUGGAUUGCUUGGAAAUGAUGCUAGAGCAAACAAGACUUCAAUUGAUGGAAAGGUUUUGGACUUGAGCCCAUCAAAACGUGAGCUAGCAGUGAAAAGGGAUGUGAAGUCAUGUCUUUUCAACAUCAUUAGGGCCAUAGUCCCUUCAAGAUUAUAUUUGGCACUGAAGGGUGCUGCAUUUCAUGAAUAUAUUUCUUCAUUGGGAUGUAUUUCAAGAUCAGAAGCAUCCCGCUUAUCGGUAGGCUUGGGAUUGACAAAAAGACAGAGGGCAAGAGGUGCUCGGCAUUACUUGAGCACUGGUGCACUAAUGUUAUCUCCUGAAGACAUUUCCUUGUUGGUUCAAUAUAACUUUAAUGGAAAGUUAUCCAACAGCUGAUGCGGGUUUCAGCAAAUUAUGAUUGAGGAAAACUAACAAAAUGGACUUGGUAAGCUCGUAACUUAGUUAAAUGUCCUUGGCUUCAAACAGCUGCUGUGGAUAUUUAAAUGGAUGAGGGAAAGUCGAAAACUCAGCUGCAGAACAAAAACAGAAAAUCAUUCAGCAGAUGGUAAGUGUUGGAUGGCAUUAUUUAUUGGAAAAGGAAUGUCUGGAACAGCUGUUAUUUUUUGGCCUAACCUUAAGUCUUGCUAACAAGCCUUAAUAUGUGACAGGAGUAGAUAUCUUAAUAUUGGAUGUGAUUCCAUCCAUUCUCAUCAUUGUAAAACAUGUAGUCAUAACAGUUCUGUAGUGAUAUAGUGAUAAUAAUAAGAAAGAUUGAGAAAUGAGACCAUAAUGCACUUUUUUGUUCAGUCAGGUAUCUUAAAAAUAGAAAAUCUCAUGUUCUUCACAUAUCGUCUGUCAUGUUGGAUAUGUAUACCUUCAGAAUGACAUAUCAGAAAGAAACUAGUUCUAGGGUCCUAUAUGCAAAAACGUUAUCCCAUUUGCUGAAAUUUUUUUAAUGGGAAUUUCAGGUCUACGAUGUGCUGAAAGUUAAAAAGUUUGAGCAAAGCUGCCUUUUUCAGGCAAUUCCUUAAAGAGAAAUUUGCUUCCAUGAAUUCUUGCUGAU